AUGAAAGUUAUAGGUGAAAUUAAAGACAAGUCUCAACACUCUGAAGAAAUACCUUCAUCUAUAAUAAAUCAGUGCACAAGUGAUAUUCCAGUUGACAUAGUUGGAAAGCUUCCGAAAAAGGAAUCUCUGACAAGGACAAUAAGAAGAGUUCGCAAUUCUGCUUUUAAGGAUGAAGACCUGACUGUAAUGAGAGUUUGUCUGGUUGAAAAGAGUGAAACUCCAGGAGGUGUAAAGCUAGUUGAUACAAAGUCAACUCAUAAAUCAUCCCCCUCUGAUCUUGUGGAUCUGGCAAAACAGAUACAAAAGGGGAAUGAAUUUGUGAAAGCCAACACUGUUAAUCAACUGACUGUUAUUGCAGAACAAAUUCGACAAUUGCAAAAACAAGCCAGAAAGGUCUUAGAAAAAUCACAUCAAGACACAAUGCUUCACCAGGCAGCUUGCAAUAUGGUCAAAAAACCAGGGACAAUCUAUUACCUCUAUCAAAGGCCAUCAGGACAAAAUUACCUGUCUAUUAUUUCACCUCAGGAAUGGGGAGAUUCCUGCAGUAAUAGAUACUUGGGUGGAUUUCGGCUUGAAUUUGAUCAAUCCUGGACACCAAUGGAGAAAAUUCAGCAAAGAGAAUCAGAAAUUAAUUUAAUGGAAAAAAUUAUUCAGAGAUACAACACAGAGUCUGCUGAAUCAGGAAUUACCCUUGAUAUUUUAACAGGUUCCAGUAAGGAGCCCAUGAAAGAAAUUCUGGCCAUUUCAGAUCAAUGUGAAGAGACUUAG